AUGGAUUGUGGUCAUAGUCACUGCGUGGACUUCCGUAUUAAGCUGGCGGAUACGCCUCAACAGUUUCACUGUCAUCCUCCGGACGGUUGCGUUGGUGGAGACGGUUUCGAACAGUUCCGGAGUCAGGCGGGACCACUCAUCUCUGUCACACGCAUGCAGAAAUGGAACGCUCGGGAGGCCGGUGGUGGAGAAGGUCAAAGCGGACGCCAGUCCUGA